UUUCACAUUUUCUCAAGACUACCCGAACAUUAAUUUGUGUUUCUGUCUCUAUAUAUUUGAAGCUAGCUAUAGUAUUUGAAUGUAUAAGCGACAAGAAAAAAAAAAUGGAGAAAUUUUUGUUGAUGGGUUUCUUAUUUUUGGCAAUAACAAUAUUGCCUUCAACUCAUGGUCUUGAUGAGAGACCUAAAGGAGUGGAGAAAUGGUUCAAGAAGCUUCCUCAUGCAAAAAUAAAAAUGACCAAACUUCACUUCUACUUUCAUGAUACUGUGACUGCAAAGAAACCAUCAGCAAUCCAAAUAGCACAAGCCAAUAAUACAUUUCAAUCACCAACAUUGUUUGGCUUAGUGAGGAUGAUGGACAAUCCAUUGACGGUUAAGCCCGAGCCCAACUCAGAAGAAAUAGGCCUAGCCCAAGGGAUCUAUGGCUUCGCCUCGUUUGAAGAUAUAGGCCUUCUUAUGACCCUCAACCUUGUGUUCACCAAUGGUAAGUACAAUGGUAGCACACUCAGUAUCCUUGGGCACAACCAGAUAUUUCACGAGUAUCGAGAAUUGCCGAUCGUUGGUGGUUCUGGUGUUUUCCGGCUAGCAAAAGGAAUCGCUACUGCGAAAACCUACAGCGGUGACAGAACCACACAAAAUGCAAUAGUUGAAUACCAUGUUGUUGUUUUGCAUUAUUGAUCUCUCCUUGCUUGUUUUGAUUUUUUGUUUCGGUUUUGCAUUAUUGAAGUCUUGCCUUUUCGUCAUGCCAUGUGAAUGUGUAUAUGAUAAAGAAAUAAAGUAAUGUUUGUUGCCUGUUGGGAUUUUGUACGAAAAUUUAUAAAGGUUGGUGUGUAUGAAUUAUGAAUUGA